AUGACCAACGCACAGAUAUUUACCCCGAUCUUGCCGUACGUGGGACGACUGCCCGGAGAGUUACGGUAUGGGGCCAGAAUUAAGCUACGAGGCCACUUCCGUGAACCGGAAAACACCAUCCACAUCAUACUGCAGCGGGAAGCGUUGCUGAACCCGCAGGAUGAACUACCGCUGUACAUAACGCUACAUCCCGGCCGGAAGGAAAUCGUCCGUAAUCAUCUCUGCAGUGAUUGUUCCAGCGGGCAGGUGGAACGUGUCGACAACUGUCCGAUCGAGUGUGGUCAGGAUUUCGAGCUUACCAUCGUACCAUCGGCGGGCGGCUACGAAAUUCUACUCCACGGUUCACCGCUCCACACCUUCAGCUAUCGAACGCCACUCUCCGCUGCCCGCUAUCUGUUCAUUUCCACUGGUUGUGUAAUUUUUGCAAUUAACUACGAAAAUUGGAAUGUGACCACGAGUGAACAACCGCACCGGCCACAACCACCAUCAGCACCUCCACUGCAUGCACCCCAACUCUACCCGACGCUGCACCAGCAACAGGAGUCACAACAACAGCAGCAACGUUCGAUACCGGUUCAGCAACAACGUGUCCAACAGCAUCAUCACCAUGGCAAUAAUCUCCGGGAGCUGGUACUGCAGGUGUUACCGCUGGUGCAACUAGCCACAUCUCAGCUGCAAGCGAACGCAAACAAUGCACCCACCAGCGGUAACGAUGGUAACGGUUGGCGAAUUGGCAGUAACCUUGCACACCUACUGCCACUGUUUCAACCGGCCGUGGAACAACGCAAAAAGCGCAUCAAAACGCAACGUACAAACCGGUGGUCCUGUCUGCGAAUGGGUAACGCCGAAGUGAUGCCGGCUAUGUUUCUGACAUGUUCGAUGGGCCUGAUGAAACUGUUUCGAUUCCUCGCCAUUGCCUUCGUAUUUGGAUACAUUGGUUAUGUGUUCUCCAGAAACACACCCUGGCAUAUAUCAUGGAAAUAG